CAAAACAAAGGGCAGGCGGCCCGCGGGGCGGCGGCGGGAGGAUGCCUCGCGCCCUGCCUAGGCGUUAACGGCCUCAGCGCGUCCCGGGCCGCGCCGGGAACGCCUGAGAGCCGAGCCCGCGCUGACCGGGGCCCGGGCCGGAUGGGCGCUGCGGGCCGGGGCGCGGACCGCGGAGCGGCCGUUACGUUUUUCUCUCGUCCCAGCUGUGUGGACAGUGCCACACGCCCUCCUGGACAACGACGGCUCUUGCGUGCAUUUUCCAGUGUUGCUUUUGUCAGAGAGGCCAGCAGAGCCACGGUUCUUCCAGAACCAGCCCUGAGCUGAGUGAGGAGUGCCCAGGAGAGAUGGUGAAAAUGACAAAGUCCAAAACUUUCCAAGCGUAUCUGCCGAACUGUCACCGAACGUACAGCUGUAUCCACUGCAGAGCACACCUGGCCAAUCAUGACGAGCUCAUCUCCAAGUCCUUUCAGGGGAGCCAGGGACGUGCCUACCUCUUCAAUUCCGUGGUGAACGUGGGCUGCGGCCCUGCAGAGGAGAGGGUCCUUCUCACCGGGCUGCAUGCGGUUGCCGACAUCUACUGCGAGAACUGCAAGACCACGCUCGGGUGGAAAUACGAGCAUGCCUUUGAGAGCAGUCAGAAAUAUAAGGAAGGAAAAUUCAUCAUUGAGCUUGCUCACAUGAUCAAAGACAAUGGCUGGGAGUAAUGUGCGAACUUUCCCUUCUCCUUCGAAUGCUGUUUUGUGAAAGAAACUGUGAAUGUAAUGGAAACGUAGGAGCAUCUGGUGACAGCCUUUCUUGCCCUCUGACCUCAAAGGCUAGCUGCGCAUAGUUCUUGACACUCUCGGCCAUCUCUGUGGGUAAGGUGUCCCUCGGAUCUGUCCUCUUCGUGUACACAGUUGUUUCUGAAAAUUUUCAAUGAACUUUUUCUAACUUCUCAAGUUCUAGAGAAAGAAUUAACCAACUGAUGACUUA